CAAACACUCUGCCUCACUCUUCACGUUCCUCUCUUGGACGCAAAUCUCAUUUUCUUUUUACUUCUCAAAAAUCACAGCUUCUUCCUUCGGUGAAUUCACACGACAUGUUUUAUUUCUAUCUGAUCUAAUUAGCUAAUAUUGUUUCCUCCAUUUAGUUUAAUUCUCUACAGAAGCAGAAUUAGGUUUAUCUUCCCUGUUUGGUUUCCGAGAAACUGCGAAAGAACGCCAAAGAAUAAAAAACCUUCUUGUUACAAUAAAUAUUAUGUUUUCGUCAAAUCGUUUAUUUUUUCACUGAUUGGAUUGUUGUUAAAAUCAAAGCCACAUUUGGCUACACCGGUUUUCUUUAUUCCUCCUCCUCCAUUUGCCAAUUUUUUUUUUUUUUUUUUUGUAUAUUUAAAAGAGUCGGAGGACGAGAAACUUUUGGAGUUUCCUCGUAUCUUCUUUCGUUUUCUUCCGAUUUCUCUGCAACCAAACCGGGGAAGUCGGAAGUUAAGUGAUUGUGAGAGAAUGUUGGGGACAGCGUCGCAGUUCGGCCAAGUUCGUGGAGAAGAUCGGUUUUAUAUUCCGGUAAAAGCAAGAAGAAACCAAAAUCACAGACAACGGCAACAACAACAGAAACAAGAACAACAGCCGAACAAAACUAAUAAGAGCGAAGAUAAAGGGAACUCUCCAUCAUCAAAGAUCAAGGUUUUUGGUACUGAUAAUAGGAACAAUACUAAGGAAAAUUCAAGUAUAACGUCGGUGCCGGCUUCAGAACCACCUUUGCUUUCACAUAGCAACCUUGACAGGUUCUUGGAAUCCACCACACCUUCAGUUCCAGCUCAGUACUUGUCUAAGGAGUUCCUUUGAUACUUGAAGGGGGCGAUUGUGUUGUUCAGUAUUAUGUUCCAUACUUGUCAGGCAUCCAGUUAUAUGGUGAAUCUACACAAGCAACUGUGAAGUCAAGGCAAGCUGGGGAGGACAGUGAUGUUGACUAUUACAGAGACUCAAGUAGUGAUGGAAACAGCGAUUGUGAAACUGAAAAAUGUUUAAAAUUUUCUAAGAAGUAUCGUAGCCGCCAUCAUAAAGGAAAUGAGGUUUCUUGUGCAAUGAGCUGCUUGUCUGUAAGUGAUGAAAAUAGUACAGUAGAAGAAAGCAUUUCUAGUGAUGAUAGUGAUGCUGGAGGUUCCCGAGGUCAAUUGUUGUUUGAGUUUCUUGAGCGUAAUACCCCUUAUAGCCGCGAGCCUUUAGCUGACAAGAUAUCUGAUCUUGCUUGUCGGUAUCCUGGAUUAAAGACAUUAAGAAGUUGUGAUCUACUGCCUGUCAGCUGGGUAUCUGUUGCAUGGUAUCCUAUAUACAGAAUACCAACUGGUCGAACAUUAAAAGAUUUGGAUGCUUGCUUUCUAACUUAUCAUUGCCUUUCCAACCCCAUGAAAGGUACUGGAGGUAGCCAAGCUCCAAUAGUAGUCUAUCCCAGCGAGAUGGAUGGCGUCCCAAGAUUUUCCUUACCUACUUUUGGAAUGGCUUCUUAUAAAUUCAAAGGAUUGCUGUGGACAGAUAAUAAGGCAAGUGAGUAUGAACAGGCCAAUUCCCUCAUGCAGGCUGCAGACAGGUGGCUAAGACUGCUUAGAGUCGAUCACCCAGAUUUCCAGUUCUUUGCAUCACAUGGGACGUAUCCCAGGUGAAAUUCAGAGAUGUACUACUGCCAAGAAUGUGUCAUUUCUUCACACCAAAAAAUAAUGCCGAUAAGCAAAACGUCCUGGCCAAAAAAGUAAUGCUCAUAAGCAAAACAUCCUGGCAAAAUCCAUGGUCGAACAAAAGUUAAAUAUCUUCAUUAAGUUCUAUGACAGCAUGCUACUGAGAAGAUAUUAUUUGUAUUUCUGCAACUGAUGAAAAUAACCGCUGGGGGUGGGGGUGGGGGGACAUUUCGGGUUUCAAAUGACGAAGAAGAUGGUAGAGAGCGAAGUUUACAACACAGAGGAAGCAACAGAUGCAAAGAUAUAUUCUAAAUGAAGUGUGAGAAGGCAGCUAACAAAUAGGAAGACGAAACAAAGCUGCUGGUAAGAAUAACCAUAUUUUGCCUGUUAAGAUAGAGAAGAUACUAGGGAUAUAUUUUCGUGAUGCCAUAUAGAGAACAUAAUAGGAGUAUAUCCAGUUACCUCUCUAACUUCCUUUGCUGGAAGAUAAUAGGUAUAUCCAUAGUUUUGUCAAGACUUGGAUGUUGGAACUUGUUGAUCUGUAAGUGCAACAAGGCUUGGCGAGGAACUUCCCUCUGAUAGGGAGACUAUAAAAAAUGCAUUGAUUUUACUUA